CGCCCCUCAGCCACGGACUGACGGGGACGAAUUUAUUUACACAGGCCAAAUGAACCCAUUUGGCGAAGAACUGAUCACUGUUGGACCCGACUACGAGUGGUACCGACCUAACAACACCUACGGAGACCAACUCCUCCCCCAGCCGCCCCUUCGCCUCAAGUCUCGGGCACAGUUCGAGCAAGACCGGAUCUUCGGUUACCCCCCGCGCAUGGGCGAGCGUAACCUGCCCCGCGAGACGCAUAUGCCGUUCAUGUAUGAAAAUGUCGAUGAGGUCCGGGCCACGAUCCGGGCUCGCGAGGAGGCCAAAAGGCGCGGCAUCAUCAUCGACCUGUGGAUGGCCUCCGCCGAGAUUGUGGCCCUGAUCGCCCAACACGACGAGAAACAUGGGAGCAUCAAGCCCCGUGAGGCGAAAGAGACCAAGGAGCUCACCCGGAAACGACGCCGGGGGGAGGCUGCGGAGCCCACCCAGGUCAAACGACGUCGGAAGGGAAAGGAAGCAACGCCUCCCCCGGAGGAGGAAGAGGAGGGCCGAAAGACCCUGCGAAUCAAGCUCACCCUGAAGGGCAAUAACAAGCGAUCUCAUUCCGAAAUCGAAGAGGUAGAGGAGAGCACCGAUAGCAAGGAGACGGACACCAAAGCCAUCGAGGACGGUCCUAGUCCAUCGAAGAUCCUCAAGCUGUCCGGUCUUCCCCGGAAUCAUCACACCUUGAAGGGAAUCUCGACGCCCACUGCCUCGAAAGCCGAGCCGAAGAAGGAGCCCGUGCAGGCAGCGUCCACGGAGAUACUAGCCACCGGUGCCCCCGAGGCCGGUCCCUCUGAUCAGUCUUUGGGCGAGACACCCGGUGGUCGUCCUCGUCGGCGGGCUGCGGCAGCCCUGAUGGCCGAGUUUGAGAAUCACGCCCAGGAAAGAGCCCGUCGAGCCCACGCGCGCAAGAAAGGAUCCGACAAGCCGGAUGAUCCGGACGAUAACCAUCCUCACUAGCCACCACACAACCCCCGUGGUGGCGGCGGCCGCUUUAGAUGUAAUUGAUUUUAAUUUUGUUUCUAUCAUCAUCAUCUUCUUUUUCUUCUUCUUUAUCAUCAUCAUCCUUAUUAUUA